AUGCCUUUUUUCUCUAAACCUAUCGCCCCCCAGGAGCCGCAGCAGCUGCAGCAGCUGGUGGAGCGGUGGCAGCGGUGUGAUAGGUUGUGUGCUGCUGCUGUUGCUGAGCGCAUGCAGCAGGAUUCAGGUGUAGCAGCAGCAGCAGCAGCAGCAGCAGCAGCGGCAGCAGCAGCAGCAGAGACGGGAGCAACAGCACAGGGAGAGGCUGCUCUCCAACUGCUGCAGCAGCAGCAGCAACUCCUAAAAGCUGCUGAGAACAGAGCAGCAGCAGCAGCAGCAAAAACUAAUCUGCUGCAGCAGCAGUGUAGCGAUAUAUGCCUGCAGCAGCUAGCUCAUCUGCUGCCUGAGGCGUAA